UUUUUAAACAGACUGCUGUCCUGCGGCGCGCGCACCGCUCCUCUUACACAAACCUCUGGGCACAAUGUUUUCCUGCCUCUAACGGGACCUUCGUCUCGGCUGGACUCAACCCGCCAUGUAGGCUGCGCGCGCUGAAGCUCUCGGGGACAUUUCGUUGGAUCUUGCGGUUCGGGAGCAGCAGAGCGCGCGGCUCUUCCAGGCUGUUGUGCGGGAUCCGGGGACCACCGGGGCGGACUGGCCACCAUGCUCCGGCCGUGGGCUGCGCACUGGGUCGCGGUUGUGCUCCUGUGUGGGGCGGUGGCACAGUACUCCAGCGACCAGUGUAGCUGGCGAGGAAGUGGUUUGAGCCACGAGUCUCAUCGUAGAGAUGUGGAGCAGGUCUACCUCCGCUGCUCUCAGGGGUCCCUGGAGUGGCUCUACCCCACAGGAGCUAUCAUUGUCAACCUGCGGCCAAACACAGAGCCCUCUUCAGGACACAUGGCAGGUUUCCAUGUGUGCAUCAAACCCUACACUUACUCCCAGGGUUCUCAUUUGUAUCUGGAGCGUGCGGGGGAUCUGACGCUGCUGCUGGCAGAGGAGGACCACGCUCAGGGUACAGUGCACUGUUUCAGCCUGGCAGAGGGAGCUCUCUUUGUGGAGGCCGUCCCUCACACAGACAUCAGCCGGAGGAUCACAGCUUUCCAGUACGAGCUGGUGCCCAGUCAGGGGCCCGGGGCACACAUGUACCCAUACCUGCACCCUGGUUUAGUCACCUGUAAACCCUGCUCAGAUGAAGAGGUCCUUAUGGCUGUGUGUACCAGUGACUUUGCCGGCAGUGGCAGCUUUCGAGAUGUGGCAUCAGGUACUAACGGCCGCUCCCCGGUUGUGCUGAGUCGGCUGUUCCGUCAGAAGAACAGGAUAUUUGCCUGGAGUGGAGCCAGAGGGCGGCGUUGGAGUGGACGUAUCAAUGUUCCUGCACAGUGCGGUGUGCAUCCUAGAGGGGAUGAGUACCUUUUGACUGGUUCUGUUCAUUUUGGAGAAGCCUGGCUUGGCUGUGCGCCCCGCUACAAGGACUUCCUGAAGUUGUACACCAGAGCAGAGAGAGCAGGAACAAACCCUUGCCAAAUAGACACAGACUGAGAAAUCUAUUCAUCUCUUCUGGGUAAAACAGGGUGGGGUGACUCUCAAAAAGGUCAGCGAGUAAGGCACAAAGAGGAACCGAGAGAUGAAUAGACUUAUGGCCAUCAUUAAAGGCUACUUUCUGCAGACUCUUCUCAGUGAUGUGCAACUUAUUGUUGCCUUGACAAUUGGACAGUUUGAACAUUUUAGUAGCCAACAUGCUGUCUGAACUAAAAUGUCCCCAUUUAACUGUAUUUGUAUGCUGUAUUCUGUAUGUGUAAAUGUGUUUGUGAAUGACUGAGGCAGCAAAUGAAUGAAUGAUGAGCUUAAAUUAAUUUUGUUUCUAACUGGUUAAAGUUUUUAAUCUCAUGACGAUACCGCUCGUGUGAUCAUUCUUGAAAUGAAAGUUUGCUUUGUAAAAAGCUUUCUGUAAAAUUUAGGAGUCUUCUGACAGAAGUGUACAGUAUGCAGCUCUGUGAGUCUUCAUGUACUAAGUGUGUGUGUGUUUUGCUAAUGAGUUCAAAUGGUCUAUAUAUUUGCAGAAAAUAAAAAGCCAUUCUUCA